UGCAAGCUCGUGUUGAUGCCCCUUCAUUCAGUGAGGAGUCGCAGUGAAUUAUGGAAAUUCUCUCUCUCUGCAGAUUGCGCUUCGUGUCAGUAGAAAUGGACAGCAGCAGUUUCAUUCAGUUUGACGUGCCUGAGUACAGCAGCACCGUCCUGAGCCAGCUAAACGAACUCCGCCUGCAAGGGAAGCUAUGUGACAUCAUCGUCCACAUUCAGGGUCAGCCAUUCCGAGCCCACAAAGCAGUCCUCGCUGCCAGCUCCCCGUAUUUCCGGGACCAUUCAGCAUUAAGCACCAUGAGUGGCUUGUCCAUAUCGGUGAUUAAGAACCCCAAUGUGUUCGAACAGUUGCUUUCCUUUUGUUACACUGGAAGAAUGUCCUUGCAGCUGAAGGAUGUUGUCAGUUUUCUGACUGCAGCCAGCUUUCUCCAGAUGCAAUGUGUCAUUGACAAGUGCACGCAGAUCCUAGAGAGCAUCCAUUCAAAAAUCAGUGUUGGAGAUGUUGACUCUGUUACCGUCGGUGCCGAAGAGAAUCCUGAGAGUCGUAAUGGAGUGAAGGAUGGCGGCUUCUUCGCCAACCCAGUUGAGAUCUCCCCUCCAUACUGCUCCCAGGUGCGGCAGCCCACGGCAGGCAGUGACCUCCGGAUGGAGACAACCCCCAGCAAAAUUCUACGCAGCCGCUUACAGGAGGAGGGGCACUCGGACCGCGGGAGCAGCGGGAGCGUUUCUGAGUAUGAGAUUCAGAUCGAGGGAGACCACGAGCAAGGGGACCUGCUGGUGAGGGAGAGCCAGAUCACUGAGGUGAAAGUGAAGAUGGAGAAAUCCGACCGACCCAGCUGCUCCGAUAGCUCCUCCCUGGGGGAUGACGGGUACCACACUGAGAUGGUUGAUGGGGAACAAGUUGUGACUGUGAACGUGGGCUCCUAUGGCUCUGUGCUCCAGCACGCUUAUUCCUACUCCCAAGCUGCCUCUCAGCCGACCAGCGUAUCAGAAGCUUUUGGAAGUUUGAGUAAUUCCAGCCCAUCCAGAUCCAUGCUGAGCUGUUUCCGAGGAGGGCGUGCCCGCCAGAAGCGGGCUCUGUCUGUCCACCUGCACAGCGAUCUGCAGGGCCUGGUGCAGGCGUCCGACAGCGAAGCUGUGAUGAGCAACCCUGGCUAUGAGAACAGUCCCCGGGAGAGGAGUGCAAGAGGCCCUUGGUACCCGUACAACGAGAGGUUGAUCUGUAUUUACUGUGGCAAGUCCUUCAACCAGAAAGGAAGCCUUGACAGGCACAUGCGGCUCCACAUGGGAAUCACCCCUUUUGUGUGCAAGUUCUGUGGGAAAAAGUACACUCGGAAAGACCAGCUGGAGUACCACAUCCGGGGCCACACUGAUGAUAAACCGUUCCGCUGCGAGAUCUGUGGGAAGUGCUUCCCUUUCCAAGGUACCCUCAACCAGCACCUGCGGAAAAACCACCCAGGCGUCGCCGAAGUCAGGAGUCGCCUUGAGUCCCCUGAGAGAACAGAUGUGUAUGUGGAACAGAAACUAGAAAACGAUGCGUCGGCUUCAGAGAUGACGCUGGAUUCCCGAAUGGAGAUCCACACAGUGUCCGAUGCUCCCGAUUAAGGCGGUAGAGAAGUGCACCCAAGCAAAGCACAUCCAUCAAUGCAUAUUUGUGAUUUGCUUUGUCGUAGUCUUUGGUUUUCCCAACCAUCUGGAAAUCUCUUGGUCUCCUGGCAGUUUUUUUAAGUUUCUGGAUGGAACACUUCAUUGUGUCUGUCCUUCCCCUGCCCUCCCUCCCCCAAGGAGCUCAAAGCAUGACGGGCAUCGUAUCCAGGGAAAACACAGGCUGACAGUAUUCCUCUCUGGCUGAACUCUUGAUCCAGAAUCUGCCAGUGAUUUAGCUAUGCCAACUGGUUGACCCCACGGUCUCUGCCAAGAGGCAUGCACUCUGUCGUGUGCCCCGGCACCAGUGCAUUUCCACGGGGAGGCUAGGAUGCCGUCAGCUGACACAAAUGGGUAACCUUUUCUAAUUUAAAAACAUUUUUAGGGAGUAGUUAGGCAAUUUAUAUAUAUAUAUAAUAAAGCUAUUAUUAUAUAUAUAGUAUAUAUACAGUCUCAAAUUUGAGUUUAUUCGGGUUGAGGUGAAUGUAAGAGGAAUAUAUAAUUUAAUACAAUGUGAACAGAGCUUUUGACUCUGUCUCAUCCCUACCUAACAUGUUAGGGUUUUGCCCCUUUAUUUCCCGUACAAAAGAAUGUGAGUAGGUUUUCAUAUAUAUUAAUCACUUUGUCCAAAAGCAAGCAAAGCAAAUCACAGUGCUCAGAGCUCUGCUUCAUAACAGAUACAUAAACCAAAUGCCAUAAAAUGUCUUCAACUCUGGUUGGAAACCGUUUGGAAUUUUUGUUAGUUGUCCAGCAGGUAGGCUGGGUGACCUGUGGUGCUGACCUUUUUACAUAGCGUAGUGUUCUCUUAGCCAACCCCAAAGGAGCAGUGGUUUUCAAGGUUUUUACUGGCCUGCACAUCUACCUUCAUUCCGUACUGUAGAAACAUACCUACCAGGUAACUAAAUCGAAUCACUCUACCAUGAGUUAGUGCUCGCACUAAAGGAAAGGGAUUUGUAGUUCUGUCUACAAAAUUCUCCAAGCAGUGUUGUUUUCUUCUUUUGUUUUUUUUUCUUUCUCUUUUCAAACAGCCAGUUCAGGUGCACAGCAACUUUUUCUACACGCAGUUCCCAGGGAAACUGCAGAACUUGGAAUUUGUACUUUUUGUAAAGCUAUACUCUAUGGGAAUUGCAAGCAAUAUCUCUCUCUUAGUAUCGUGUGUGCUAAUGAGAGCCUCAGUGGCUCCUCCACUCUCUCAGUGUUCCUGCUUAAAGAACCAACAGUUCAGAAGCCCUCUAAGAUACUCUGUGUGUCACCAAAUCUGUGUGUGUGUCACCGUUUUUUGGGUCACGUGGUGCUAUUUUUAUGUUAAGUAUCUUUUAGGUCAGUAUAGUUGUAGAAAAUGUGAAAUCUAACGAUAAUAACCAAUUACACUUGUUUCCCUCUCUUGAGUUCCAAGCUUGAAAAGAGACCUCAAAAGCAUGUGCUGGCAAACACAUUACUGUAUAAAACAUACCAGGUCCUGUUUGAAAGACAUGUUCUUAGGACAUUAGGGAACGUCUUCAGCUCUGUACUGCGCUCACACAUACCAGCAGGCUUCCGCAAUCGCCAUGCCACUGCACGCGUUGGUACAGAGUCAUUUUGCAAGCAGCCCGGGGUGUUUGUGCCCGUGGGAUGUCAGUGCUCCAGUGUCUCUGCUCGAGAACCUGGGCUCUGAGACCCCCACUGCUGUCUCUACAGGGGACAGCACAGCACCCCAAAGGAAAGCAGCAGCGGAAGACCAACCUCAGAGGCUGGGAACGAAAGCAAUACAGAAGUUGAUGUUUGCUGGCUGUCCAUGCUUUUUUGGCUCUUAAAAUACCAAGAAUUGUGGGUUUGGGUUUUUUGUUGUUGUUGUUUUUGGGGUUUUUUAAGGAAAAAAA